AUCUUUAACUACAUUCACUUGUAAAGCAGCUCUGGGACACUGAACCUUUGGAGUUUGAUAUGAUGUGAUUACUGAAUCACCUCAGUGACACGUUGCCAAAUUCGGCAGAAUGAAGGUCUGAGCUUCCCGGGUGGUGAUCUCUGAAAUUGCUCAGUGAGCACCCCUAAUUUUGAUGAUUUAUUGCUGAUAAUCACUCACAAUGGAAACCAAUCAAAAAUGCACGGAUGGACUGACGGGAACACAGAAAGAAGCUGCGCUGCGAGCUCUUGUCCUGCGCACUGGAUAUCACAUACAUCAGGAGAAUGGACAGAGGAGAUAUGGUGGUCCACCUCCAGAUUGGGAAGGUUCACCUCCAGAGAGAGGCAGUGAAAUAUUUAUUGGAAAACUUCCUAGAGAUUUGUUUGAGGAUGAACUCGUGCCACUCUGUGAAAAGUUUGGCAAGAUUUAUGAAGUACGGAUGAUGAUGGAUUUCAAUGGCAACAAUCGAGGUUAUGCUUUUGUUACCUUCUCCACAAAACAAGAGGCUAAAAAUGCCAUGAAACAGCUCAACAACUAUGAGAUCAGGAACGGGAGACUUUUGGGUGUGUGUGCGAGUGUAGACAACUGCCGACUGUUUGUGGGAGGAAUUCCCAAAACUAAAAAGAGGGAAGAGAUCCUGGCGGAGAUGAAGAAGGUGACGGAUGGCGUCGUGGACGUCAUUGUUUAUCCAAGCGCUGCUGACAAGACCAAGAACCGAGGUUUCGCCUUUGUGGAGUAUGAGAGUCAUCGAGCUGCUGCGAUGGCAAGAAGGAAAUUACUGCCGGGGAGAAUUCAGUUGUGGGGUCAUGCUAUUGCUGUUGACUGGGCCGAACCUGAAGUGGAGGUGGAUGAAGACACCAUGUCCACAGUUAAAAUCCUAUAUGUCCGUAAUCUGAUGUUAGCCACGACAGAAGAGACCAUCGAGAAAGAGUUCAAUAACAUUAAACCUGGUGCUGUUGAGCGUGUAAAGAAGAUCAGAGAUUAUGCAUUCGUUCAUUUCUCCCAGAGAGAAGACGCCAUCAACGCAAUGAACACAUUGAAUGGAAAGGUCAUCGAUGGUUCUCCUAUUGAGGUCACGCUUGCCAAGCCCGUGGAUAAAGACAAUUAUGUUCGGUACACCCGAGGCACCGGUGGUCGUGGAGCGCCUCUGCUCCAGGGAGAUUACGCUUACACCGUGGGUCAACUUUACGACCCGUCGGCCGCCUAUCUGGGCGCACCCAUAUUCUAUGCUCCGCACGCAUACACAACUGUCCCAAAUCAGUUCCGCUUCCCCAGUGUUAAAGGACAAGUGAGCACCCGAGGACUGGUGCGCUCGCCCUCUGUGAGAGAAAUUUACAUGAAUGUACCUGUAGGGGCAGCGGGCGUGCGUGGUUUGGGUGGGCGAGGAUACCUCGCCUAUGCAGGCGUGGGUCGCGGGUGUGCAACGUACCAACUCAAGACCGACAAACGGCCCGAUGACAAACUCUAUGAUCUUCUCCCGGGCAUGGAGCUCACGCCCAUGAACCCAGUCACCCUAAAGCCCCCGGGCAUUAAACACACCCCACAGAUCUUGGAGGAUAUUUGCCAAAAGAAUAACUGGGGGCAACCUGUUUACCAGCUUCACUCUGCUAUCGGACCCGAUCAGAGGCAACUGUUUCUCUACAAAGUCACCAUCCCAGCUUUAGCUUCUCAGUAUCCAAAUAUACACCCUUUCACACCUGCCAAACUCUGUGUGUCACUGGAUGAGGCGAAACUCCACGCGGCGGAGCACACGCUGCAGAUCCUCGGCCUGCAGACAGAGGGCGCUGACGCCUCCGCUGCUGCAUUCCAAGGUUAUACAAUCGCCAGCACAGCUGCCAUGGCCCCCUCACCCCUGAAACAGGCAGUUUCUCUGGGUCACGACCUGACUGCGUAUACCACAUAUGAGGGUUACCCUGCAUUUGCUGUGGCCACUCGUGGGGAUGGAUAUGGAGUGUUUUAAAACUGAAAUAUAUCAGUCAUUCAUAGUCUUAAAGUCACGUAACAUUAGUUUGUGUUUCAUGUAUCUCGUUGUGUUUAUAGGUUUGUUAGAUUAAUGAUUCUUUCGAGUUGUCAUAAGCUCAUUUCUUCCUAUUAGUUUAUAUGUUUUGAAGUAUAUUACAAUAAUGUAGAAUAUGAGUCAUCUUUUGUCUUAACUCAGGAAGCUGAUGGCCUGACAGCUGUCUAAUACUCAUGUUUUUAGAAAAUGUCAAUUUUUAUGCUUUUGCCUGCUUUCUUUCAUCAAAUUGAUAGUUUCUGCAAGGCAAAACCUCUCUUGGUUGCUAACUAUCAUGACACUCUAAAAAAACGUUCCACCCAGCGUUGGGUCAAAUAGGGACGAACCCAACCCGUUGGGUUUUUAAUUUAAUCUAUGUUGUCAUUUUAACAUAUUGGGUAUAAUAAAAACAUUUUCUGGUUUAAUUUAACCCAAUGGCUGGGUUUGUCCCUUUUUGACCCAAAAUAAAUACUCUUUAUUGUAUGGAAGCCAAUUUCCGCCACAUAAGAAAAAAAUCAUACUUUGUUAAAUUAUAAUUAUGAGAUUAAAAGUCAAAAUUAUGACUUUUAAAGUUUGACUUUUAUCUUAUAAUGACAAUGUUUUAUUCUCAUAAUUAUGAUUUACCUGUACAUUUUUUCUUAUGUGGCGGAAAUGGGCUUCCAUAUUGAUUGAAACAUCUCUUAAGCAGAAUAAUUCUCUUCUAUUUUAACUUUCAUUUUUAUUACCUUUAAAAUGUCUUCUAGCUGCCUGUGGAUGAUUUUCUAUACGAUGGACCACACAUUAAUAUCUCACAGCGCUGCAUGAUACAGACCUUCAUGCAGAUAUUUACUUUAAUAAGCUUUGAUGUUGAGCUUUAUUUAAAAGGGUUUGUUUAUGUGUUGGUGAUCUUUCUGUAUGAACGCCCAUAUGAAGAGUUUUAUCAGUAUGCUGUACUGUAUACUCUAUGCUUUAACAUGAAGCCGGCUGUUCACACUUUGUAGCUAGUUCAUAAACUAGUUGUUUUUUCUACAUUUUAUAGGAUUUUCUCACAUUUUCACAGCUCAUACUUUUGUACAUGGAGAAUAUGACAGUGAUCCUUAACACACACACACAUACAUUUGUGUUAAAUAAGAUGCCGUAACGGUGACAGUAUUAAAGUUUGUGUAGCACUUAAAACUUAUUUUUAUAGCUGAAUUUCAGCUGUGUUUGUCUGCUGUUUGUCUUUAAAUCAUUGACUGUUUUGAAGUAAUUCAUUGUGUCAGUGAUCGACAUUAAAACUGGAGGGAGAAUUCAACAGGCACCAAUUAGGAUAAAAAAUAAGCUGAGAGCUACAGAAUGUAAAAGAUGAAUCAACUAACCACCAAUAAAUUAAAUUCACAAAACA